UUUCAUUUGAUCCGAGAAUCGCGCGUGGUAGAUUCGGGUUGAUAAUGUACCGAGGAAUAUUUUGAGUUGCGGAGUUUUUCAAGUUUUUGACAGAGACUUAUCAAAGUUUUGUGAAAUAUGAGUACGAAUAUUACAGGAGCCAUCUCUCACGAGGAGUGUCCUACAGAGGAAUUGUUAAAUCCUUUCGUGCAUACGCUGGAACUGAAGACUACCUACGAGAAGAUCAAAACAGCCGUUCUAACUGUGAUUCUGCUUCCCAUAAGAGUGUCAAUAAUAUGCUUCUUCGUAAUGGUCGGAUGGAUCUUCGCUUACAUUGGUCUAUGGGGACUGGCCGAAGAAGAAUUACGACAGAAACCGUUAGACGGUUGGAGAAACGCAAUACGUUUCUUCACCGCCCGAGUGAUGCGCAGCGUCUUCGUUGUCGGCGGGUUUCAUUUGAAAAUCAUCGGAAGGCAGUCGACAAGGGAGAUGGCUCCCGUGGUAGCACUAGCACCGCAUUCUUCCUUCAUUGACAGCAUCGCUAUGGUUUACAUGGGUGGGCCUUCCAUCGUGGCUAAGGGAGAAACUUCAGCUUUGCCUUUCUUUGGUAAAUUAAUAAAUUUUACACAACCAGUCUAUGUAUGGAGGGACGAUCCAAAUUCCCGCCACAACUCAAUAAAGGAGAUUAUCAACCGAGCAACGUCGGAUCUGGAUUGGCCCCAGAUCCUGAUCUUUCCGGAAGGAACUUGCACGAAUCGAUCGUGUCUCAUUACGUUCAAGCCUGGUGCAUUUUACCCUGGUGUACCAAUUCAGCCUGUUUGUAUCAGGUAUCCCAACAAAUUGGACACUGUAACAUGGACAUGGGAGGGACCUAGUGCAUGGAAGCUUCUAUGGUUGACAUUGACUCAACCGUACAGUAAUUGUGAAAUUGAAUUUCUUCCAGUGUACACUCCUAGCGAAGAAGAGAAGAGAGAUCCUAAGUUAUUUGCAAAAAACGUUAGAGCAGUAAUGGCUAAAGCUCUGGGGAUACCCGUUAUUGAUUACUCAUACGACGAUUGUAUAAUGAUGACAAAAGCCAAACAGAUGCAUCUUCCUUACGCUCCAUCUCUGGUAGAAGUUAAUCAACUCCGACAUAGACUUGGAUUGGAAGACACUAAAAAUGAAGAAAAUCUAAUAAAUUCCAAUUCUAUAUGUAAAGACUGUAGUAAAAUUAAUUACACUGACUUUGUGAAGUUACUUAACAUUCCAUCAAAUUCUCCAGCUGCUCAGCAACUAUUCAGAAUAUAUGAUAAGAAAAAUUCUGGCGUGAUAGACUUCAGGGAAUAUUUACUAGGAGUCCUAGGGAUAGUCAAAGACAAAAAAGCUUUAGAUGUGUUACACAUAGCUUGUAAGAUAUAUGAUAAAAGUGGACACGGUCGACUAACUUGUGAGGACUUCUGUAAAGCAGCUUGUCAGACAAUAGCAUUAAGUAAAGACUAUGCUAUGGAAGUAUUUGAACAGGUGGAUAGAAAUCAACUUGGUUAUAUUACGUAUGAAAGUUUUAUCAGUUAUGCUCAGAAAAAAGCAGAAUUUGCAAAUUUCUUCAGUCUCAGUUCCGAGGAGAAGAAAAAGCAGCGGAAUGGAGAAAUUUGUCCCAACUACAACAACAAAAAAGCUGACUGAUCCGAGAUAUUAAUCCAUAUGUAAUGUGUAAAACAAAGCAAGUCAUGACAAGUUAUCUUGGUCAGUAUUAGAGUAAACGCGACCUGACAUUUUUAAUGAGAAUUGAUAACAAGACAUAUUAUUUUGUCUGUAACCGUUUGUACAAUCAAAGUAUAUAAAUACAUUUACUUUAAAUAAU